AUGUGCGGUAUAUUUGCUUACUUAAACUACCAUGUCCCUCGCACAAGACGAGAAAUCUUGGAGACUCUAAUCAAAGGCCUUCAGAGACUGGAGUACAGAGGAUACGAUUCUGCAGGUGUGGGAGUUGAUGGAGGCAAUGACAAAGAUUGGGAAGCAAAUGCCUGCAAAAUCCAGCUCAUUAAGAAGAAGGGGAAAGUAAAAGCACUGGAUGAAGAAGUUCACAAACAACAGGAUAUGGAUUUGGAUAUAGAAUUUGAUGUACACCUUGGAAUAGCUCAUACCCGUUGGGCAACACAUGGUGAACCCAAUCCUGUCAAUAGCCAUCCACAGCGCUCUGAUAAAAAUAAUGAAUUUAUUGUUAUUCAUAAUGGAAUCAUCACCAACUAUAAAGACUUGAAAAAGUUUUUGGAAAGUAAAGGCUAUGACUUUGAAUCUGAAACAGACACAGAAACAAUCGCCAAGCUUGUUAAGUACAUGUAUGACAAUCGGGAAAGUCAAGAUAUCAGUUUCACUACCUUGGUGGAGAGAGUUAUUCAACAAUUGGAAGGUGCUUUUGCACUUGUAUUUAAAAGUGUUCAUUUUCCUGGCCAAGCAGUUGGCACAAGACGAGGUAGUCCUCUGUUGAUUGGUAUACGAAGUGAACAUAAACUCUCUACUGAUCACAUUCCAAUACUCUACAGAACAGGCAAAGAUAAGAAAGGAAGCUGCAAUCUCUCUCGUGUGGACAGCACAACUUGUCUUUUCCCUGUUGAGGAAAAAGCGGUGGAAUAUUACUUUGCUUCCGAUGCAAGUGCUGUCAUAGAACAUACCAAUCGCGUCAUCUUUCUUGAAGAUGAUGACGUAGCAGCGGUGGUAGAUGGCCGUCUUUCUAUCCAUCGAAUUAAACGAACUGCAGGGGAUCAUCCUGGAAGAGCUGUGCAAACCCUCCGGAUGGAACUCCAGCAGAUCAUGAAGGGAAACUUCAGUUCAUUUAUGCAGAAGGAAAUUUUUGAGCAGCCAGAGUCAGUUGUGAACACAAUGAGAGGAAGAGUCAACUUUGAUGACUAUACUGUGAAUUUGGGUGGUUUGAAGGAUCACAUUAAGGAGAUCCAGAGGUGCCGGCGUCUGAUUCUUAUUGCUUGUGGAACAAGUUAUCAUGCUGGUGUAGCUACACGUCAAGUUCUUGAAGAGCUGACUGAGUUGCCAGUUAUGGUGGAGCUAGCCAGUGAUUUCCUGGAUAGAAACACGCCAGUUUUUCGUGAUGACGUUUGCUUUUUUAUUAGUCAGUCAGGUGAGACAGCAGAUACCCUGAUGGGUCUUCGGUACUGCAAGGAGAGAGGAGCUUUAACUGUGGGGAUCACAAACACUGUCGGCAGUUCCAUAUCAAGGGAGACAGACUGUGGAGUUCACAUUAAUGCUGGGCCCGAGAUUGGCGUGGCCAGCACAAAGGCUUACACCAGCCAGUUUGUAUCCCUUGUGAUGUUUGCCCUUAUGAUGUGUGAUGACAGGAUUUCCAUGCAAGAGAGACGCAAAGAGAUCAUGCUUGGAUUAAAGCGGCUGCCUGAUUUGAUUAAAGAAGUACUGAGCAUGGAUGAUGAAAUUCAGAAACUGGCCACAGAACUUUAUCAUCAGAAGUCGGUCUUAAUAAUGGGGCGUGGCUAUCAUUAUGCUACUUGUCUUGAAGGGGCACUAAAAAUCAAAGAAAUCACUUACAUGCACUCUGAAGGCAUCCUCGCCGGUGAAUUGAAACAUGGUCCUCUGGCUUUGGUGGAUAAGUUGAUGCCUGUCAUCAUGAUCAUCAUGAGAGAUCACACUUAUGCCAAGUGUCAGAAUGCUUUUCAGCAGGUGAUUGCUAGGCAGGGACGCCCAGUGGUGAUUUGUGAUAAGGAAGAUACUGAGACCAUUAAUAACACAAAAAGAACAAUCAAGGUGCCCCACUCAGUGGACUGCUUGCAAGGCAUUCUCAGUGUGAUCCCCUUACAGUUGCUGGCUUUCCACCUUGCUGUGCUGAGAGGCUAUGAUGUUGAUUUCCCCCGGAAUCUUGCAAAAUCUGUAACAGUAGAAUAA